AUGGAGCUGAGCGAGCGCCUGCAUAACAGGGUUGACGACGAUUGCCAUGGAGUGUCCUGUCUCAAAUGCUGUUUGAUUUUGUCAAAAUCACCAUUGUCUGCAAUUCUGGGAUAUUUUAUUUGUGGGUUCCACGCACAAAGCUAUCACUUGAUAUUUGCUCCAAGUGUUCUCCGUGCUGCUACCCUGAAAGGAAAGCUAAAUGAAGAAACUAGCAUUGUGGCAGUGUCCAUAUGGAAGCAUAAACCAAUAUAUCUUAUUUUAGAACUUGAAUUUUUUGCAGAAACAACAAAUUCUGCAAAUGUUGCAUCUUCACGUUUGCGUCGUGAGAAAAAAUCUAAAAAAGGAAGGCAGGAAGCUCUGGAACGUUUGAAGAAAGCAAAGGCUGGUGAGAAAAUAAAAUAUGAGGUUGAGGAAUUUACAGCUGUUUAUGAUGAAAUUGAUGAAGAACAAUAUUCUAAGAUUGUUAGAGAACGCCAGGAUGAUGACUGGAUAGUGGAUGAUGAUGGGGUUGGUUAUGUAGAAGAUGGCAGGGAGAUUUUUGAUGAAGACUUAGAAGAUGAUGCUCUUAAUUCUGACAAGAAACGAAGAAAAGCUACAGCUUCUACAAAUGAUAAAAAAACCAUGAAGAAGACUCUGGUAUCAAAACCAAACACUAUUAAGUCUAUGUUCAUGUCUAAUACAGGCAAGAAAAAUGUUGAUAAAGCCAUUGAUCUAUCUAAAGAUGAUUUGCUAGGAGACAUUUUGCAAGAUCUGAAUGCUGAGCCUGUUCGUAUAGUACCACCAGUUCCAGUGCUUAAAAAAAGGAGAAUUCUUGGAACAUCAUUAAAUCCUUUUUCUGUGCAGUCUGAAGAUUCCAAGGUAACUGCUAUAGUGAGAAAAACCAUUACUCCUGGAAAAGAAGAAAUCCCUUCAUUAAAGUCCGAACAUUCAGUCUAUUUAGCUAGAUCAGAGGCAGUCAUAGAAGAGAGUAUUAAUCGUGAAAAUGGAAUACAAUCUGUGGAAAAUGGAGAACUGGUAAAAAUAAAACAAGAAGAAUCUGUUAAAGCAGAUGAACAAGAUGGAAUUAUUUUUGAUGAUGGGGACUUCAAUGAAUCUAUGCCAGGAAUGGGAAUUGUGUCAGAUGAGGUCACAUUCCUCAAGGAAGAGAUGAAAUUGGAAGAGAAACAAAUGCUAUGUUCUUCCCUCCACAAUAAAUCCUGUUGGGACAGAAUUGAUGAACACGAAGAUGCGUACGUAUCUUCAGAAAUUCAAGUGGAUUCCAGUCAGUUCCCACUGAUAAAGGGGGAAGAUGGGCAACAGAUUUUCAAGUUCUACUGGCUGGACGCUUAUGAAGAUCAAUAUAACCAACCAGGAGUGGUAUUUCUCUUUGGUAAAGCUUGGAUUGAAUCAGCACAGUCCUAUGUGAGCUGUUGUGUAACAGUAAAAAAUAUUGAGAGAACUAUUUAUCUACUGCCACGUGAAUCGCGAAUUGAGUUAGUUUCUGGAAAAGAAACGACGAUUCCUGUGACUAUGAGAGACAUCUAUCAAGAAUUUAAUGACCAGAUUGCAGAAAAAUAUAAGAUCAUGAAAUUCAAGUCCAAGAAAGUGGAAAAGAAUUAUGCUUUUGAGAUACCAGAUGUUCCCGCAAAAUCUGACUAUUUAGAAGUUAGGUACUUGGCUGAGUUUUGUCGACUACCACAAGAUCUGAAAGGAGAGACAUUUUCUCAUGUAUUUGGAACAAACACUUCAAGCCUAGAGCUAUUCUUGAUUAGCAGGAAGAUUAAAGGACCAAGCUGGCUGGAAAUAAAAAAUCCACAAUUCCUGAGUCAGUCUGUCAGUUGGUGUAAAGUAGAAUUAAUGGCACUGAAACCUGACUUGAUUGAUGUGGUGAAGGAUCUUCCUCCCCCCCCUCUUGUGAUCAUGUCCCUUGCCAUGAAGACAAUUCAGAACACGAAGACUCAUCAGAAUGAGAUUAUGGCUGCUACAGCUUUAGUGCAUCACAAAUUUUGUCUGGACAAAGCACCACCUGAGCCUCCCUUUCAGACCUCAUUCUGUGUUAUUUCCAAACCAAAUGAUUGCAUUUUCCCAUAUGAUUUCAAGGAAGUCAUUAAGAAAAAGAAUGGUAAAAUUGAAAUUGCCACAACAGAAAGAACACUGUUGGGUUUUCUUCUGGCAAAGAUUCAUAAAAUUGAUCCGGAUGUUAUUGUGGGUCACAAUAUUUAUGGUUUUGAUCUGGAGCUUCUCCUCCAGAGAAUGAACUUCUGCAAAGUUCCUCAUUGGUCCAAGAUAGGUCGACUAAGGAGAUCAAACAUGCCAAAACUUGGGGGUCGUAGUGGAUUUGCUGAGAAGAAUGCAACUUGUGGUCGAAUGGUCUGUGACGUAGAAAUUUCAGCAAAAGAGUUGAUUCGUUGUAAAAGUUAUCAUUUGUCUGAACUUGUCAGUCAGAUUUUAAAAAAAGAAAGAGUAGUGAUUCCAGCUGAAGAGACCCGAAAUAUGUACAGUGAUUCUCAUCAUUUACUUUACAUGCUAGAGAACACCUGGAUUGAUUCUAAGUACAUUUUACAAAUUAUGUGUGAACUGAAUGUUCUUCCACUAGCCUUACAAAUUACAAAUAUUGCUGGCAAUGUUAUGUCCAGGACACUGAUGGGUGGACGAGCUGAGCGCAACGAAUACUUGCUUCUUCAUGCAUUUUAUGAAAAAGGUUAUAUUGUGCCUGAUAAACAACUGUUUAAAAAGCAGAAGUAUUUGGAAGAAGAUGAAGAUUUUGAAAGUGAUCAGAAUAAAUCAAAGUCAGGACGAAAGAAGGCAGCAUAUUCUGGAGGUUUAGUUUUGGAACCAAAAGUUGGUUUUUAUGACAAGUUCAUUUUGCUUCUUGACUUCAAUAGCUUAUACCCUUCAAUUAUCCAAGAGUUUAACAUCUGUUUUACAACAGUUCACAGAAUGUCUUCCAGUGUGCACAAAAAGACAGAGGAUGGUGAACAAGAAGAAAUUCCUGAAUUACCUGAUUCAUCUCUAGAAAUGGGAAUCUUGCCUAAAGAGAUCAGGAAGCUUGUUGAGCGAAGGCGUCAAGUAAAGCAGUUGAUGAAGCAACCAGAUUUACAUUCUGAUCUUUACUUACAGUAUGAUAUCAGGCAGAAGGCUCUGAAGCUUACAGCUAAUAGCAUGUAUGGAUGCCUGGGAUUUUCCUAUAGCAGAUUUUAUGCAAAGCCGCUUGCUGCUUUGGUGACUUUCAAGGGCAGAGAGAUCUUAAUGCAUACUAAGGAGAUGGUACAAAAGAUGAAUCUGGAAGUGAUUUAUGGUGAUACAGAUUCCAUCAUGAUAAAUACAAACCUUACCAAACUGGAAGAAGUAUUUAAACUGGGAAACAAGAUUAAAAGUGAAGUAAAUAAACUGUACAAGUUAUUGGAGAUAGAUAUUGAUGGAGUAUUUAAGUCCCUUUUACUGUUAAAAAAGAAGAAAUAUGCUGCUUUGGUUGUGGAACCAGCAGGCGAUGGAAAAUACAUUACCAAGCAAGAACUUAAAGGAUUGGACAUAGUGAGAAGGGAUUGGUGUGAUCUUGCAAAAGAGACUGGAAACUAUAUAAUUGGCCAGAUUCUUUCUGAUCAAUCUCGAGAUGUAAUUGUAGAAAACAUCCAAAGGAGGUUAAUUGAAAUUGGAGAAAAUGUCACAAAUAACCUUAUUCCAAUAAAAAAAUAUGAAAUCAAUAAGGCAUUGACAAAAGAUCCCCAAGAUUACCCGGACAAAAAAAGCCUGCCUCAUGUGCAUGUCGCCUUGUGGAUGAAUUCUCAGGCAGGUAGAAAGCUGAAAUCUGGAGAUACAGUGUCAUACGUUAUCUGUAAGGAUGGAUCAAAUCUGAGUGCCAGCCAAAGAGCAUAUGCUCCAGAGCAACUGAAGAAACAAGCAAAUCUUACUAUUGAUGUUCAGUAUUACCUGUCACAACAAAUUCAUCCAGUAGUAGCUCGUAUCUGUGAACCCAUACAGGGAAUAGAUUCUGUUCUUAUUGCAGCAUGGCUGGGAAUGGAUCCCCAACAGUUCAAAGUCCAUCAACAUUAUCAUAAAGAUGAGGAGAAAGAUGAUUUGCUUGGUGGCCCAGUUCAGCAAACUGAUGAAGAAAAAUAUAAAGACUGCAAGAGAUUCAAGUUUGCCUGUCCAAAAUGUGGGACAGAAAACAUUUAUGAUAAUGUCUUUCGUUGCUUGGGUGGGAAGUUUAAAGUCAGUGUGCUAUGCUGUAACCCAGAAGGAUGUAAUGAAAACCUUUUAAAUUACAGUAUGCAAAUUAACAACAAAUUAAUCUUGGAUAUAAGAAGCUUCAUAAAAAAAUAUUACAGUGGUUGGCUGAGGUGUGAAGAACAGGCAUGCCAGUUUCGUACCCGUCGACUUCCUCUCCGUUUUUCCCGGAAUGGACCUCUGUGUCCAGUCUGUAAGAAAGCUAUUGUUAAACAAGAGUACUCUGACAAGGCCUUAUUCACCCAGCUUUGCUUUUACCGUUACAUUUUUGAUGUGGACUAUGCAAGAGAAAAAUGUACUGGUCCAGAGAAAGAUGAAUUGAAGAAGAUGCUGGAAAUUCACAAGGAGGGAUAUAAAAAGCUGAAGAACACAGUAGACAAAUGGUUGUCUAUGAGCAGCUAUUCUGAAGUAAACCUCAGCAAACUCUUUCAGACAUUCAGCAUAGUAAAAUCUGGGGAAGAGUCCAGUACUUAAAAAUGUAUUUGUGGCCUCUUUCUAUAGGCAGUAAUCUUCUUUUUCUCUUAUUUUCUGUCUAUUGAGGUAUACUAGUAUGGCUGUAGAUUAAGAAAGCUAAUAUCCUUUAAAUCUAAGUUUAUUCAGUACUAAAAAUAUGAAAAGGAAAAGCAUAUUAAAAGUUGAUGAAUAUACUAAGCAGCUGCACAAUUUAUGUUUUAUAUGGAUUGUUGUAUUUUGAGACCUAGAAUGGAAGCAAGAGAUAGAAAAAUAGCUCCUUUAACUGAAUAAUUUCCAGUGAGAGUUGCUGGAAUGAAGUGAUCCUAGACUUUGCUUCAGAGUAUUUAGCAAAUGUGCUUUAACAGAGGUCUUUGUAGAAGCACUGAUGGUUUCUGUUUUCAUAAUUUAUUUAGUUGGUGAUAUAGAUAACAUUGUAAUUGUUUUUGCUCUGUGAGGAGAUGCCAAACAAGAGUAUUGUGCUGCAAUGAUAUAGAAUAACUGAAUGGAAACUAAUAUGAAAGAAUCAACUGACUUCUUAUAGGCCAAGGAGAUUGUGUGUUGCAAAUUCUCAUAGCCCUCUGAAUGUUACUUGUCAAUUCUUUAGGAGUCAACAAAAUAAGUAGUGCAACCUAUUAUGGUUAGAAGAAGCUAAUUGUGGCAAAAAUGGACCAAAUUUAAGCUAACAAAAGGAAUAACUUUAUGGUAAGCAAAUAAAGCUGUGGAAAAGUUUUAGGGAGCUUAUAAUUGGUUAAUUGCCAAUAAACAAUUAACAGAUACAACAGAAGUCAUACCAACCUCAUAGGUAAUUUUGGGCUGGAUCUCUGAGUGGGAAAGGGAGAUACUGGACUCUUUAUAUAGAUUUUAUUCCUUAAUUUCUGUGAGUCUAAUAAUGUCAUUUACUAGUAUAUGUAAAAGCAUUUUAAAUGUAGAUGUAAACAUUUACACAGUUGAAGGAAAUAUAAUAAAAUUAUUUGUAUAAAGA